ACGCUUCGUCUCGCAUAAUCUUCGCUUUCGAUGCUCCAAAGCCGAUACGAGAAUAUCUAACAAGAAUCGAGCAGACCGGGUGCUUCGAUUCUUGCACACGCCAUAGUUGAAUGAAUUGUCAAAUACCAUACCAGCCGAUUAUUCUGCCAGAACAACACAACUAAAAUAAACACCGCCAAUAUUCAGCAAUCAGUCAACAUAACCCAAAACAAACACCAAGAUGCCUAGGCAAGAAACAAACUACCCAAGUUUUGGAUUUGAUGCCGGGUGCCUCCCAUUUAUUGACGAGAGUCAAUACCAGGAUCAAUGGUGUCCGCCCACGAUACCGGAGCAAGAAAAUAUUGGACCAGACCAGACUUCACCAUACCCUACCAGUCUGAAUCGAUUUACUAUGGGCUCGGCGGAGGAUAUAAACCACCCUGUAACAAAGCCUAUCGAUCCCGUUGUACAUAGCCAGUGGCCGGCCAUCGACAACACUGCCGGGCCAGUAUACGGGCAACAACAACCUCAUACUAGCGUCAAUGAUCUUGAUCCUGGUUACCCUGGUUUGAAUUAUCCUGGUUUCUACCCAUCGGAGAUAAGUCUGACUAGCAGUGACACGCACCAGGUACUCCUCAACUUGAUGCCUCAUGACACCCAUCAGCCCUCCGUUAACCAACAACAAAUUACAUAUGGAUCCAGCGCAAACCAUAAUCAAGCUGCGGAUAUACGAACCCGCCAAUAUGCAUCCAGUGCCGAUACGGUCAGGCAUUCCAGGACCCCACAACUCCAAAGGGGUGAAAACCCGCAGAUCUGCACAGACUGCAACAAAGAAUUCCGUCGGCCGACAGAAUUGCAUAAGCACCAGAAGCGACACAUAAAACCGGAGAAAUGUCAAAACUGCGGCUAUGCGACCGACACGAGCAAAGACCUGAAGAGACACCUCGACAGCUGCCAGCGCGAGAAGUACGGCAAGCCACGGAUCCCAUGCGGCGAGCCCGACUGUGUCAAGACUUUCACCAGGUCGGACAACCGCCUUAAGCAUCGCCGCAAUAUCCAUGGCCUGUGUCAAGAAAGCCGACGAAGGAAAGCGAAGAAAUGAGGAAGCUAGAUUGGACCACAAGAUUCAUUUAUCCAUUUCAAUUUGUGAUAGUUGUUAGGUUACCAAAAGUUACACGUGUUGUUUACUCUCAUGCUAGACUGUGUCGGACCAGUGAUGCAUUUGUUCCUAAUGAGAGUUUGUUAUGAAACGAUAGCUGCGAGCUUCACGCUCGACCGUUUGGUGAAAGGUUCAAGUCACAUCUCGCUGCAAACUUGCGCCGCCUGUAAAGAGACCUACCAGCGGAUGGUGAGCAACAGUAUGGACUCUACGCUAGAAGAAAGAAAGAAAGAAAGAAAGAAAAAAAACUUAACCUUACAGGCAAACCCAAUAACA